UUUGGGGUUUAGAAUUCCUAGUACUUUAGAGGACUACUCCAUAAAGAAGGGAAGAAGAAACAUAGAAGAAAUUGAAGAAGACUUGGGUUGAGGAAAAUUAUCCCUCUCUUGUACUUCCUUCUCUCUCUUCUCUCUCUCUCUAAAACCAGAAAUUUCUCUCAAAAUCAACUCAUUUAGAAGGGGGAAAUGGGUCUUCUAUUUAUAGGCAAUCUAGGGACGGAGAAGUUUACGGCCAAAAGCUCAAAGAUCGCGAUCGAUCGUGAUCUUCAAAAGUGAGGUCGGAAUCUUAAAAUGUUGACAUCUUGGCUUCAGAUAUGAGGAAAUCGCGGGCUGACUUCGCGGUCAUGAUCCACGAGUCGUGGCAGCGAUCUUCCUCGCGGUCAAAAAAUGUUGUGUUCGUGAUUCAAUUGGGGAAAAUAUCUAUUUCUCCCUGGCUCCUUCCUCGCGAAGUUCGUGCUCUGAGCCCUCCAAUUCACGACUGCGAUCUAGGGCUUCCGGGCCGUGAUCUUCAACUUGAGUUCGCGUUUUUUGUUCCCAGCUGUGAUCUUCAGCUUCCAGGCCACGAUCUUCAGCUUCCUUCCCCCUUGCUACACUUGUGACCUUGUUUUGUGCCUAAUCGCAUAAAUCGUCUAAUGCACCCUAAAAUCACAUCGAAUUCACAUAGGAAUGGAAUAGGGAUGCAAUCGACGAUGUUCAAUCAAUUAUGCACAUGAAUUGGCACGAGACAAACCAUGAUAUGAGGGUUAAAUAACACUAAUUUAGGUGUUAUCAAACUCCCCCACACUUAGGUGUUUGCUUGUCCCCAAACAAACCUACUCAAACCUAAUGCAACAUGAUAGACAAAUCAAUGGGGAAUGCACUCUAGUUCUUCAUUUCUUAAAAAAGAGUAGAAGGAGAUGAAUGGCCGUUACUUUCUUCUUAUUGUGAAAGCACAAACUCUCGGGUGAGCACCAUACCUACUACCUUAGGCCGAACAUUCAAGGUGUGCUCCGGGGAAUUCUCUAACACAAGUAAGCACAAGAACUCUCGAAGGUGCUUUUAUUCUUUCUUACGAUUAGAAGUUGUCGUUUAUUGGUCUCCUUUUCGAACGCUGACCUAUACUGCACCAAGCUUUUGCAAAAAAGCUUUUCUCCCUCUUGGCGAAGAGCGGAUGAAUCAUAGUCUUCCCUUUCAAGGUCACAUGUGGGGAAGUUGAUGGGAGGAUUCGUCUUAGCCCGAGCACCACUUCCCAGCCUGCACUCCACAUUGGGUUCCCACACAUGCCGGGUACAAACGAGAGCUAUCAGGUCUCAUGAAUCGCUAAAAGGUAAUUUAGACCUUGGCAUACGAUUUUGCGAGGAGGAAAGAUGCAUGGGGGAUGGUAAGUACUGAAAGAUGAUCGAGACGCGGUAAAGCAAUCCGAUCCUCAUGCAUAUCCUCAAAGGGCACUCCGAAUCCAUGAGGAUUGGUUGCCUCUCAUGUGAUGCUCAUUUUCAAAAUAUUUUCUCUCUUUUCAUUCUUUUCUAAUAUGCACAAAUCUUUUAAAAUCUUUGAGUUCAAAAAUCAAACAAAACCAAAGAGAAUCCCGCACACAUGUUCUUCCUAAAAUAGCAAACAUUAUCAACUCACAAAAGAGUUGAUAAUGUUCAAAAAUCCGCGAGGAUUGGUUGCCUCUCAAGUGAGCCUCAUUUUCAAAAGAUUUUUCUCUCUUUUCUUUCUUUUCUAAUAUGCACAAAUCUUUUAAAAGUUUCGAAUUCAAAAAUCAAACAAAAACAAAGAGAAUCCCGCACACAUGUUCUUACUAAAAUAGCAAACAUUAUCAACUCACAAAAGAGGAACAAGAUAGUAAAAUCCCUCAUACACCGGUACUCUAAUACUGCAACUAUCUCCUAGCGAGCACAACUCAUCAAUCAUCUAUCAAAUCAAAGCAUAUCGAGUAGGGGGUUUCAAGGAACACGAUGCUUUGGAACCCUCAAAUUUGAAAUUUUUUGGGUGUAGCAUUCAAGGUUCUAUUGUUCCAAAACACAAUAUUUAAGCCAUUCAACACCACAAAACACAGAUAGCAUUCACUCCCAUGAUCAAUCAUCAACGUAUUACAUUCAUAAUCAAGGGAGGCUACUAACGAUUCAUGGCAUAUUCAUCAUGAACUUUUCAAGCAUGCAAUGUGUACCCCCCCCCCCCCUCCCCCCACCCACACACACACUUGAGAGACACAUUGUCCUCAAUGUGGGAGCUAAAGGUAGGGUUCAAGAAGCGUUACCAUAGGUGUUUAUGGGUUGAGUAGGGUGCAUAAGUGUAGGCCUUCAUUAAUCAUAGGUUUGGUUGUAGGUUGGUGAAGGUACACAAGUGUAGGUCUUUGUCUUCCUGUGGUAUUCACAACGAUAAAGCGCAUAAGAUAGA